AUGCAAGAGAUCUGUGUAAGGCAUCAAGAUAUGAUUUAUGAUAAGUACUGCCAGUCAUGUGAACUUCCUAUUUGUGUCAAAUGCACAGAACAAGGCAAUCCCAUAAUAUUUUCCCCUUUCCCCCAGUGGAUAAAUCAAAGUAAACACAAGACUCUGCAUGACAUCAGGACAGCUUAUAAAACAUACCGUCAACAACACAGAGAAAUCAUCCAUACCAACAGGAGUGAAACUCUAUAUAACAGCUGUUUUCUCCUAUCAAGAAUCAAAACUGAUUUAAAGACUUGUCACAAAGAAAUCGCCAACCAUCUGCAUGUAUCAGAAAUGUCAGCGAAAGCCCAGAAACUAAAAGACCUCAUUGACACUGUAAUAUGUGAUGUUAAAAAGAGACACGAACGUUUUAUUAAUAGAAAACAACAACACAAACAAAUGAAAAGAUACGUUGCCAACAUUGAGGACUUUGAACACAGAUUUGAACAUUCAGCAAACAGACCUUUUAUAUUCCUCUUAUUCCUAAAGAAAACAUCUGUCAAAAAACAAUUUUCUCAUCUUAAACAGCAUGAUAUAUUCUAUCUGAUCGAGGAAAUAAAAAUGGAGCAUGUGAUAAGAUUACUUAGUGAAAUUCAUGUAACAGAAAAAGGAAAAAGACAAGUAAGAAAUGAAUGUUUUCUGGAACUAAUGCCUAAACCUUUGUUGCAAAAAUCUUUCACAGUGAAAAAUAUUUCUGAUAUUAAACACAUUUCCAUUGUGACAUCAGAAAGGGUUUGGGUCAGUAGUGGAUUCGAUCUUAUACUGACAAACACAGAAGGGGAUGCACUACACCACCUGCCAGAUAUGGGUAGUAUUUAUGGGGGACACACAGUGAACAUUACAGAUGAUCUCAUUUAUAUUGACAAGGUUUUAAACAUAAAGAAACUAUCAAAAGAUAACAGAUCGCAGUCAAUACUAAUAGAGCAUUCAGGACCAUGGAAACCAGUCUGUAUCUACUGCUCCCUAUCCAGUGACGACCUACUGGUUGGGAUGAUGGAUUUCACGCAAACUAGCAAGGUAAAUCGUUACAAUAACACAGGACACCAAUUACAGACUAUACAACAUGACAACAAUGGUCAGCAACUGUAUAAGUGGGCUAGAUACAUCACAGAGAACCGCAAUGGAGAUAUUGUUGUGUCUGACUAUAACCGUGGUGUAGUGGUAACAGAUAAUAAAGGAAGUUAUCGCUUCUCCUACACAGGAAUUCCUUCAAAUUCACUAAUUAAACCACGACCAUUUGGGAUCUGUGCAGACACGCUUUCACACAUCCUGAUUUUAUAUUGUGAUCACCACACCAGCACAGUGCACAUAAUUGACAAGGAUGGUCACUUUCUGUUACUGAUACAGAAGCCCGAAUUAUCCCUACUCGUUCCAUCAUGUAGCCUGGGUAUUGAUGACAAAACACAUCUUUGGAUCGGAUCGUGCGACAAAGCAUUUAUCUACAGCUACUUAACCAGACAGGACAAGCUGCCAGGGAAUGUUAAAAUGUGA